GGAUUUGAGAAGCACGCAGAAGAAUUGGCUUCCAUUUUCAGGUCGCUUCUGAGAAGCGGGGAAUUGCAGGGGAAGAGAGAGAGAGAGAGAGAGAGAGAGAUGGAAGAGGCGAAGGCGUUACAGCAGCAGCAGCAGCAGCUAAUGUUGCAGCAGCAGCAACAACAGCAGCUUCUGCUGCUUCAGCAAUUCCAACAGCAACAUAAGCAACAGCAACAAGCGGCUAUCUCUCGGUUUCCUUCCAAUAUUGACGCUCAUCUGCGACCUCCCGGCCUUCAGCACCGAUCCCCAAUCAACAUCCAACAACAACAACAGCAGCAGCAGCUUCAGCGGCAACAGAGCUCGAAUCCUAACCCUAACCCUAAUCCUAAUCCUGUCCUUAAUCAACAACAGCAGCAGCAGCAGCAACAGCAGCAACAACAACAGCAAAACCCUACGUCAAUUCCGCAGAUGCCGCAUCACAAGGCAAUUCGACCCCCAGCAGCGGCGCCACUGGCGGGAAAUCAGGUGGAGCUCCAGAUGGCUUACCAGGAUGCCUGGCGGGUCUGCCAUCCGGACUUCAAACGCCCUUUCUCUUCCCUUGAAGACGCUUGCGAGAGGUUACUACCUUAUCAUGUGGUGGCAGAUUAUGAAGCUGAGGAAGAUGAUAGGAUUCUUGAUUCUGACACAACAGGUCAAAUGCUGUCUCGCUCGCAGCAGUGGGACCACAAUAUUGCUGCUAAAGUUGCAGAGUUUACAGCCACUUUUGAGAAACAGGCUCUAGCCUUCAACAUAAUCUCCAAAAAGCGUGCUCUUGGAGAAUUCAGAUCAGAGGAGAGAUUGAUGAUUGAGCAAGCUCUCCUACAAGAGGAGAGACGAGCGAUGUUUGAACUGAGGUCAGAAAUGGAGUCAAGAGAGAAGGCUGGUCGAGAGGCUCACGAGGCCAAGAUGCGGAUGGCGGCCAUGGUUCACGCAGAACACGCUCGAGCCGAGUCGCAAGCUCAUGAAGUUCUAGCUCGUGCCCCUAUUCGAGCAAAUGCCCUUGGGUCUCAGGGCAGUGAUCUUGCCGUUGGUCAUGAUGCCGGGGAGCAGGAACAGGUAGCUAAUGCUGAUGGAAUGAGCAAUGGAUGGGGAAACAAUGCACAGAGAGACGACAAAGAGCCAUCUGAGGAUUUCUUGAACGAUGAGGAGACGGAGAAUGGAGAAACAAGCAUGCAACAUGAGUGGCGUGAAGUGGGAGAGUUCGAUUUGAAUACAAGGUAAAAAAAGCACUUGGUUCUGUUGGUGGAAUGCGGCGGAGCCUCAACCAGAUGGAUGAUGCCUGGUUGGUUGGUUGGUUGGCAACUUUGAGGCUGUCUAUUAUUUGUACAUGACCGAGGAAAUACACCCUGCCUGCCUCGCAUUUGCAUUUGCAUUUGUCUUCCAGGGGAGAGAAAACUGCUAUAAAUUGUUAUUUAUUGCUGUGAUAUUCGAUAUAUUGAGUUUUAUCAUCAUUCGUCCUGGACA